CGAGAAGAGAAUGGGGCCCGCAGACACUGGUGUGAGCUCAGACCCUCCAAGUCUAGGUUCCAAGGGUACUAGAUUUGUUGGUGUACAUUUUAAAUUACCUGACAAGGAUGCUGGUCAGGCUGAAAUUGGCUGUGAGCCAGAGUGAUGAGGAAUAGAGUUAUGGUGUUGGCUGGAGAAAAAUCAGGUGCCGAACAAGGAAUGAAAAACAUGGGUUUUUCCAAAGCUAUGGUAGAAGUUGACACCAGCGAGGGAAAAAGGAUGUCAGCAUGCUGUCACCAGAAGAGAAAUUGUGAAAGAGUCCUCACUGUAAAAAGGACAGCCCACAGCCGCCUGGGCUCUCAGAGGAGACCGAGCUACUCAGGACUUGCUAAAGAGUGUGUCUGUGUGUCUGAUUGAACAUCUGGCAUGGAACCAAAACGGAUCAGGGAGGGCUACCUUGUAAAGAAGGGAAGCAUGUUUAACACCUGGAAACCCAUGUGGGUUGUACUGUUAGAAGAUGGAAUUGAGUUUUAUAAGAAGAAAAGCGACAAUAGCCCCAAAGGAAUGAUCCCCCUGAAAGGAAGCACUCUGACUAGCCCCUAUCAGGACUUUGGCAAAAGAAUGUUUGUGUUGAAGAUCACUACAACCAAACAGCAGGAGCACUUCUUCCAGGCAGCCUUCCUGGAGGAGAGAGAUGCUUGGGUUCGGGACAUCAAGAAGGCCAUUAAAUGCAUUGAGGGAGGCCAGAAGUUUGCAAGGAAAUCUACAAGGAGGUCCAUUCGUCUGCCAGAGACCAUUGACUUAGGUGCUCUGUAUUUGUCUAUGAAAGACCCUGAAAAAGGAAUAAAGGAACUGAAUCUGGAGAAGGACAAGAAGAUUUUUAAUCACUGCUUCACAGGUAGUGGUGUCAUUGACUGGUUGGUUUUUAGCAAUUUGGUUCGGAAUCGCCAGGAAGGCCUCAUGAUCUCAUCGUCACUGCUCAGUGAAGGGUACUUACAGCCUGCUGGGGACCUGUCCAAGAGUGCAGCAGAUGGAAUUGCUGAAAACCCUUUCCUGGACAACCCUGAUGCUUUCUACUACUUUCCAGACAGUGGAUUCUUCUGUGAAGGGAAUUCCAGUGAUGAUGAUACGAUUCUGAAAGAAGAAUUCAGAGGGGUUAUCAUCAAGCAGGGAUGUUUACUGAAGCAGGGGCAUAGGAGGAAGAACUGGAAAGUGAGAAAGUUCAUUCUGAGAGAAGACCCGGCCUACCUGCAUUACUAUGACCCUGCUGCGGGUGAGGAUCCAUUGGGAGCAGUUCACUUGAGAGGCUGUGUGGUGACUUCAGUGGAGAGCAGCACUGAUGGCAAGAAGAGUGAUGAAGAGAACCUUUUUGAGAUUAUCACAGCAGAUGAAGUUCAUUAUUAUUUGCAAGCAGCCACUCCCAAGGAGCGUACUGAGUGGAUCAAAGCUAUUCAGGUGGCCUCACGGACUGGGAAGUAAGGACAAAGUUCAAGUCCUUAUCCCCUCUCAAGGGAUGCAUAAGUGUGCUCAGUCUAUGACUUGUUCACUUCUGUGAUAAUUCCCCUAAAAAGAGCCUAAGAGUGUGAAAUUUCACUCAACCCAUGUGCCUUAUAAUAAUUAUCUGCACUGCUGCAUUCUCUGCAGUCCACUGACUCCCGCUGUGUCCCCAAGCCAUGUAAGAAGCAAUGGGACUUGGAUAUACUACUUAACCUUUCCAAGCCUCAGGGCCUCUUCUGCAAAAUGAAGGCAGGAACUAGGAAGUCCUCCUUAGUUGAAGUCCUCCUUAGUUGAAGUCCUCCUUAGUUGAAGUCCUCCUUAGUUGAACCUCCUUAGUUGAAGUCCUCCUUAGUUGACAAAAGCAAAAGCAAAUAAAUAAAUAAAUAAAUAAAUUAAAUAAAUAAAUAAAUAAUUUCCUGUGAUUCUGAGACCCAUGGAAUUAUAUCUUCUUUAGCUGUCCUGCUGGUUGUAGUCAGAUGUGCCAGAACCUGAGACAACUCUUCUCUUUGAGAUUGUUAAAUUGUAAUGAAGAUACUUGGAAUUGACUUCCUUUGUUCUCCUUGGUCAUUUUGCUGUUACUCUUGGUUAUGAGAUCAUGUGACAAAUUAAGUAGCGUGCUUGUUUACUUGUCCUCUUACCCCAACCCUCCCUGAGGGCAGCUUUUAGCUUUCUACGACUUUUUAUGCUUUUGGAGGUGUAUCUCCUGAGAAGAAAAAAACUAAGAAAGCCAGGAGUAACUGAGGGUCAUUUCCAAGUACCAAAGCUGCCAAAAACACGUGAAUUUCAUUCUUUCUUGCACCUUUGUUCUUUUCUGGAGUAUUUUUGCAUCAUUUGUUAUAAUUAGAAGGAAAGACCCAAGUCUCUGAGUUUCACGUUUACAGAAAAAAAAAAAAUAGGUCAUGUGGGUUCCCUUAUCUCCCCCUUUGCAGAGAGUGGAGGAGCUGGACUGCAAGGCCAGCUGAGUUGAUAAUGGGCUUGUACAAUAUCAGCACAGAAAGCCUCAGAUCUAUGCAGAACUUAUGGUAGAGGCUGUCACAAUUGUGUAGCACCUUAAAAUCUCCAAUUCACAAUACUAUGUACUUCUUUAGUCUAAAACACUAGCAGUGCUGUCUUGGGCUUGUAGCACUUCCUAGGCCUGUUAUUAGCCAGAGCUAGAUAAAAAUGGAAACAUGUUCACAAUUUUUCACCCUUAUUACUACUUACUUCUUUCCCAACCUGAGAAAGACAAUAUCUUCAAAACCAGAUAUGUUUGAAAAAGUGUGUUUCUCUAACUCCACAUUUUUAGUUCUGUGGUACCAGUAAGGAAAGAAAAAAAUACUUCCUGGUUUUGUAGCUCCUCUUUUGCCUUUUGUCCACUGCUGUGAACAUUCAUGAGGCUCUGCCUAUUUCAAGAUUAUUUUAUCAAUGGCAAGACGUAAAGGACUAUCUUUUUCUCUGAUUCUUCAGCACACUGUCUUCAUAGACUAUACACAGUAGUUUAUUUAUAGUCAAUCUUAAAAACUUAUUAAUAUGGAGUCAACCUUAUUUUUUGAAAUAAAUAUGAUUUAGUGUC